AUGCCGAGUCAAUAUGAUACCACGCCGACACAUGCUCAUCCAUCAGGCCCGGGGUCUUCUGCGUUGCAAUCCCCAAUGCGGGACCAACACAGUCUGAUGAACGGGAGAUCUGCUGAGAACGCCGCCAUAGAAUCACGCCCGCAGUCAAAAGAUGUAGGCAUACGCAUACAUGGAGUCCAAGGAGUUGCUGACUCGUCUGCACAGAAACCCGAUAGAGCGAGCAACCCAAUGUCCUUUGCCAGCAUCUUAGGUCCUUCAAACAAUGAACCCUCGACAAAAGUUGCAAAUGUCAGACCGCCCCCGCGGCCAGCGACACUGCCGUCGAGUUCUAUGCUUGAAAGCAAGCCACCAUCUGAGAAGUCGCUCGUGGUCAAACUGCCAGACGUCGGCCCUCCACGGUCUCUCACGAACGGGGAGGCGAAGCUACAAUCGAAGAUGGACGUCUUACCUGUGCACCGAAAGCAUGUUCCGCAGUCAAAACCACGCAACAUCCUCACGGAGGGAGAGGCGGAAAAGAUUCUGAAAGCACUCGCCAUGAUCGACGAAGGUCCUCUGAGUGACGCGGAAGACGGUGGUUUCUAUGCGCAACAAGCGCGCUUCAAGCAGAGAAGUAGGAAGAGGGCGGCUGAUGUCGCUGAAGGUGAACUGCGCAAGCGUAAGCGCCGCAGAGAGUUCGUUCUUGAUUCCUUCAUCAAAACCUUCGAGGGACAUGCGAUUAGUGCUGCUCAACGCUUCCGAGACCGUUUCGAGCCAGUGGCUGCGAAGGAGAUUGCGGACAAAGACAUACAGACCGAAAAAGAGCGGAAGAAGGACAUGCAGAGAAAGCGUCGACGUGAACAACAAAUCCACAAUGAAACCCAAAAAUUGAAGGAACUUGAGCAACGCGCUAGAGAAGCGGAAGAUCAAGAAGAGGCACAAAAAUAUCUGAAACAGGCAGAGAAGUCCCAAGCACGUAUCAGACAAACCGCAGAACUUCUUGAGGGCGUUCCUGCGCAAGAAGAUAUGGAGGUCUCUGCUCCAGCUCCCAACUACGAGGGAGGCGUUACGUCCUCUUUCCAACUUGGAUCACCCGAACCUGCUGAGCCUCCGAAGAAACGCAGCAAGAGGGAAGGCGGGCCAUCUGCCCGUCUUAAAAAGUCGAAGGAGAAGAAGCAGGCAGAGAAAGAUGCUGCUGAGGCUGCCUACGCUGCCAUGGAAAAAGAUGCCCUGAUACAGAUUGCUCCAAAGGAGGAAACAAAGAAAGAAUCCGCCAAAAGCAAGAAGGCGCAGCAAAAAGAAGAGGCUGCGGCGGCCGCGGCGGCAGCGGCAGCAGCUGCGCAUACCAUCAACUACGAGUCCAAAGGCUACAAUCAAAUCUACGAACAGAUUUGGCGAGAUCUCGCUAGAAAGGACAUACCGAAGGUUUAUAAGAUCAAACAGAUGUCACUCAGCAUAAGACAAGAAAAUCUGCGAAAGACAGCGAUUCUUGCCAGCAAACAGGCACGGAAAUGGCAGGAGCGGACCAACAAGAGCAUGAAGGACACCCAAGCUCGGGCGAAACGAGUCAUGCGUGAGAUGAUGUCUUUCUGGAAGCGUAAUGAGCGGGAGGAGCGCGAUCUGCGACGCAUGGCAGAAAGAAAAGAGAUUGAGGAUGCAAAGAAGGCUGAAGCAGACCGAGAAGCCAAUCGACAGAAGCGCAAACUCAACUUCCUCAUCUCGCAAACAGAGAUUUACUCCCACUUCAUUGGUCGGAAGAUCAAAACUGACGAGGUGGAGCGAGCGACGAAUGAUCCUGACUUGGCUGCCUCGGGAGAGAGGGAACGGCCUGCCAACGCUGGUCGGGACCGGGGCAUGGACGACUUGUCCCUGUCUAAUGAGCAUGGUAACCACAAGGUUACGAGCUUUGAAGAUCUUGACUUUGACGCCGAAGACGACUCAGAGUUAAGACGAGCAGCAGCGGCCAAUGCUGCCAGCGCCUUGCAAGAUGCACAGGACAAGGCUAGAAACUUCAAUGGCGAAGACCCGAUGGCAGCUUUCGAUUCCAGCGAGAUGAACUUCCAAAACCCAACCAUGGCCGGCGAUGUCCAAGUGUCUCAGCCGAAAAUGCUGCAGGCUCAGCUCAAGGAAUACCAGCUCAAAGGCCUCAACUGGCUGGUCAACCUCUACGAACAAGGUAUCAACGGCAUUCUAGCGGAUGAGAUGGGUCUCGGCAAGACCGUGCAGUCGAUCUCGGUCAUGGGCUACCUUGCUGAACAGCACAACAUCUGGGGACCAUUCCUGGUCAUUGCACCGGCUUCAACCUUGCACAACUGGGAACAAGAAAUCACCAAAUUUGUGCCUACGAUCAAGGUAUUGCCUUACUGGGGGAACGCAAAGGAUCGAAAGACCUUGCGAAAAUUCUGGGAUCGAAAGCACGUCACCUAUACCAAAGACUCUGAAUUUCAUGUCCUUGUCACCUCAUAUCAACUGGUCGUUCAGGACGCGCAAUACUUUCAGAAGAUCCGAUGGCAGUACAUGAUUCUCGACGAGGCUCAGGCUAUCAAGUCGUCAAGCAGUUCACGAUGGAAGACCCUUCUCGGGUUCCAAUGUCGAAAUCGGCUGUUGCUAACGGGCACACCAAUUCAGAACAACAUGCAAGAGUUGUGGGCGUUGUUGCAUUUCAUCAUGCCUACGCUGUUUGACUCUCAUGACGAAUUCAGUGAUUGGUUCUCCAAGGACAUUGAAAGCCACGCACAGAGUAACACGAAGCUCAACCAGGAUCAACUGAAGCGGCUGCAUAUGAUCCUCAAACCCUUCAUGUUGCGGCGUGUGAAGGCUCAUGUUCAGAAGGAACUGGGCGACAAAGUCGAGAGAGACGUGUUCUGCGACCUCACCUACCGCCAGCGUGCUUAUUAUGCAAACCUGCGAAGCAAGAUCAGUGUUAUGGACCUGAUUGAGAAAGCGACUCUGGGUGACGACCAGGACACGGCGACCUUGAUGAACCUGGUGAUGCAGUUCCGCAAAGUUUGCAACCACCCCGAUCUCUUCGAAAGAGCCGACACGACCUCACCGUUCUCCAUGUCAUGCUUCGCCGAAACCGCCUCCUUCCUUCGGGAGGGCUUUUUCGUCCAGGUUGGCUACUCUGUCCGAAACCCGAUCCAGUAUGAUUUGCCUCGAGUGUUGUGCAACGAUGUCGGCAGACUCGACAUUGCUGGCCCGAACAAUCCUCAGGCCGGCUUUCGUCGAGCCGGAUUCCGGACGGACAAACUGGGUGGCUUGAUGAGAAUCUGGACAACCGAGCACAUCAAAUUGUCAAUGGAGCAUGAUGAUGCCUUCUCGUUCCUGCGCUUUGUGGAUACUUCGGUGGGCGAAGCGUCUUCCAUCGGCGAUUCCGGGCCUUUGGAACGUGCUAUGCAGCUGAAGAAGCAGCCGCGACGAGUCUUGCCUAUCUAUGAAGAUUCGGAAGCAGAACCUCCGGUACAUGCCCUGUUCAACAUCGUUGACAACAGUCCUCGAAAGGUGCUGGCGGAACUGGAUUCGAAUUCAAAUCUUGCCAAGCUCUGCAACAUUUCGCAAGAAGCAUUAGCGGACCGAGGCUACUCUGUCCUGGAACCGGCUGCUAGACCCAACGCAUCGGCUCCGCCGAUCGAGAUUAGAUGUUGUGACCAGUCUUCGAUCACCGAGCGGCAGCUGACCAUGUUCAACAUGGAUGUGCGAGGCUGCUUGUUCCCGCUCGAAGAGUCGUUGGAAGACCAACUUCUCAAACGAGACGUCGACCCCGCCAACUUCCCCCUUUCCGACAUGUUGCCCAAGCCAGAAUCGCAGAAGGGUCGGUACACUCACAUCUCGAUUCCGUCAAUGCGCAGAUUCGUUACCGACUCUGGCAAGCUGGCCAAACUGGACCAACUUCUCCGAGAGCUGAAGAAUGGAGGCCACCGAGUGUUGUUGUACUUCCAGAUGACACGCAUGAUUGACCUGAUGGAGGAAUACCUCACGUACCGCAACUACAAGUACUGUCGGUUGGACGGAAGCACCAAGUUGGAAGAUCGUCGGGACACAGUCCACGCCUUCCAGACGAGACCCGAGAUAUUCAUCUUCUUGCUUUCCACGCGUGCUGGUGGAUUGGGGAUCAACUUGACUUCUGCCGAUACGGUCAUCUUCUACGAUUCUGACUGGAACCCAACAAUCGACUCGCAAGCCAUGGACCGAGCACACAGAUUGGGCCAGACCAAACAAGUGACGGUCUACCGUCUCAUCACUCGAGGUACGAUUGAAGAGCGGAUCCGCAAACGGGCGAUGCAGAAGGAAGAGGUGCAGCGGGUGGUCAUCACCGGCGGGGAUGGUGCGGGCGUCGACUUCAACACCCGAGAUCGUCGCGAGAACCGAACCAAGGACAUUGCCAUGUGGCUGGCGGAUGACGAUCAAGCUGCUCUCAUUGAACAAAAGGAGAAAGAGAUUGCGGAAAAGCCGCAAGAAGAAGAGACUUCGAAGAAGAAGAGCAAGAAGGCUCAAGCGGCGGCCGCAAGAAAGAGAAGAGGAGAGGUGAGCCUGGACGAUAUGUAUCAUGAAGGUGAAGGACAUUUUGACGAUGUAUCGGCCAAACCGUCGGGGGCCGCUACGCCUGUCCCGGUCAGCCCUGCCGAAACUCCAGGACCCAACCGCCCUCGAGGAGGCAAGGGCAUCAGUAAGAAGGCUAAGACGGCCAAGCAACGACUGGCAAUCAUCGACGCGGAAGGCGACCUGGGCAUGGGUGGGAUGUAG